AUAUGCAUUCCUUGGAAUCACUAGCUGGUGAAUCAUCUUCGAAUGGAAUGACUUUGGGGCUGUCCCUUUAAAAAUCCAGCACGCUAACCGGCAAACUCCUCCUCCAGGGAGGUUCCUUUAAAUGAGCGCCAGCUGGCUGGGCCUCCGUUUUAUACUUCUGAGUGAUACCUGCAGUUGAGGAUUCCCAGCUAGGAGGCAGCAGCCUGUCAGCAUGGCUGAGGAGUUUGUGAACAGCAAAAUCCAUCCUGGGAAGGUGGUGGUGUUCAUCAAGCCCACCUGCCCCUACUGCAGAAAAACCCAAGAGCUCCUCAGCCAAUUCUCCUUCAGACAAGGGGCUUUGGAAUUUGUCGAUAUCACAGCCACCGGUAACACAGACAAGAUUCAAGAUUAUCUGCAACAGCUCACUGGAGCCAGAACAGUACCUCGAGUCUUUAUCGGUAAAGAGUGUAUAGGUGGAUGCACUGAUCUAACAAACAUGCAUCAACGUGGGGAACUGCUGACGCGGCUAAAGCAAAUUGGAGCUCUACAGUAAUUAUGGGCAGACCCCGGGGCUGACACCGCCCUGAGAGCUGACAGGCUCUCGAAUGACAACAGCACUUCCUCCUGACUGGGACCUGGACCUUCCUUUACCCAGCAACUGUUUACUUAAAAUUCCGAAAUAGCUAAACCAAAAAAUGGCAGGGGGCAGUUCUUAGCAACAAACAGGCUUUGCUUCUACUGACUCAGUGUUUAAAGUGGACCCACCUGCCACAAACCACAGGUCUGAGAAGGCAGAUAGACUCCUUGGGUUUCUUCUGGGUUCACCCUUGGGUUCCAAAAGACUGUGACAAGUUAAAGCUUAGGAUCCCCUCACUGACCCCCCAAAAGUUCUUUCUCUUUUGCGCAUGGCUCUUACAACCUAUUCUUCACGUGCCAGGACUCUACCUCUAAGCCAGCGCUUCUCAGCCAAGUUCAUCCCAGGUCCCCUAGGGUGAAUCUGCAAGUUAACUUUCUGCUACUACCCUCAAAAUUAUUUUGUUGAGCUUCACUUCAUAGAGUUUAUACAUAAAAUGAAGUAGGUAUUUUCAAUGUACUUUUUGAAACUACAUGUGUCUCCCCAGUCACCUCUCAUCCUACCUUGAGCAUCACUGCUCCAAAGCUCCAUGACACACAGGAGUGUCCACCAGUCCUGUGCAGGGCCUGAGCACCCAAUCCGGGGAAUGCGUUGUGGAGAGGUCAGUGCAGCGGGCCUCCGCUUGGUGCCUCAGGGGUCAGAGGUGCGCGUGCAGAUGCUGUGACCACGGGCAGCACUGUUACGUGAGACAGUCGUCUAGGUGCUCCUGCACAAUUGUGUAUCGCUUUGUUUAAAUUACAGACAAAUUAAAACAUAUAUUCAAAACAUUAUCAUAAACUUGCAACCCAGUCACCCAAGAACAUGUCUGUGAAAGUAGCAGCAUUUGAGAAAGACUGUCCUAAAUGAUUUUCUCUCCUUUUAUUCCCUACUCUGAAAACUUAAGAAUCUGUCAUUGUGAAGUUUGUUCUAGAAUCACAAGAUUAAUUUAAUUUCCUUUGCAGUCUCUACUGUGAAAGGUUAGUUUCUGUGUAAUAAAGUAGUCGCAGAGAAGAGAUUUUCUUUUUGUCCAAUUUUUUUCUGUUCUUGAGACCAGUCAGUCAUAAGGGAUGAUAUUAAUGUGUGAUCAUCAGUCAGAAGCUGUGUUCAUGUUUGUCCCCUGCCAUUAUAAAUAAAGGUACAUGCUGCUGUCCUUCAUUGAA